AUGACUACUUCACAGGUUUCCCGUAGUUUGGAUAGAUCCAGGCCCGCUAUCAAAUGGCCCAAAAUUAUGAUGAUAAGCUUGAUCAUACUUUUAAAUUUUGACUUCGCUACCAACACGUCGCCAAUUCCGAAUUCCAAAGUCCAAGAGGAUGUUCGUGGUGUACAAGAAGCUGUCGCGACCUCAGGUAGCAGCACGGGUGUCUUGAAGUUGAAGGACGACGCGGAAUCAGGCACAGUUUCGCGUGAAUUGCACAUGCCAACGAGCACAAAAUAUAUUUAUUGGCCUCACUACUUUCACGUCGAGCGUCCACCUCGCACGUAUCAAGACUUGCUUGUUAGGGAUGAAUUGCUCACUAGAUCUAUGCAAGACCAUUCGAAUCUUGAGGCUCUCAAUAAAUAUCAUACACGAACCCAAUCCUCUUUCCUGCAAGAAAUAGAGACCAUUGAAGCGUUCCAAAAUGAAUUGAAAGAUCGGCUUGUAAAAGAGUUCAAAAAACAUGGAACACGUAAUGGAAUCAAGAGGUUACGUCCACUCAUCGUGAAAGAAGCACGAGCAGGGCCACUUCGGAUGGAACUCUUGAAAAUCGUUAAAUCAGCCCAACAGGAUUUCGAGUUGAAAAGUUGGUGGUCUAAAUUCGGCGACCUUUACCUCUAUCUCUUCAAACGCGAUAAAUGGAAAUCAACAAAACUUUCCCGCAAAUUAAGCAAACUAAGGAGGAAUUUUCAAGAAUUGAAAGCCCUUGCGAAUAAGGAACAAUGGACUGCAAUAAACCGGUUAACAAUCGUUGAAACAAGAGGCUUUAAAUUUUCAGAACAAGAGGCUCAACUCAUUGAGCACAUGUUAGCUGGUGAAUCCUACCUAACCCCUGAUGAUUACAAUUUAAUUGCCGAAAUAUCUAGUCAGACAGCGACGCAAAGGCAAGUGAGAAAGAUCCAGAAAUUGAAGGAAGCAUAUUCCAGGGCUAUGGAUAGCAAACCGGCCGAUCCAAAAAUGACUGAAGUGGUUCAAGCACUGAGCCAGCUGGAGGAAAGAGAAAAUGAAGGAAAAGAAUUGAACAAAGAUGAGAUAAAGCUCUUAUUUCAUUUGGAGAAGAUGAAAGAUGGACAGGAUUUCCCGAACAGUUUUGGCCUGGAUAGGAAGAUGAGCAGGGAGAUUCGGUAUCUCUUGAAUGAAAGGAAUGAAGCGCAGAGUAUGAUCUCGUGCAUGAAAACACUUUUUAUGUUGGGCAUGAAGCCCAAGCUUUCAUUCGAAGAAGAAGUCAUAUACGAUAAAAUCCGGGUACUCAAGGACUUCUACAACCUCAAUCUAACACCACGCCAGGUCCAAACCGAUCAAAUCGAAGAAUGGGCCAAGGAGUACGAUGCUCAAGUUGAGCGCACAAGAGAAUUUCACAAGCAUACCCAGCUACUCGAAACAGCCCAGAAUCAUAUCGAAGCUUUAGAAAAGGUUGGAGAGCUCGCAUUCGACCCACUUUCCCUAUCAGUGAAGACCAGAUUCCGAUACGCCGCUGAAGCUCUAGAAUCCAUGGAACGAAGGGGAAUCCCGCUCACCGAAAAGGAAGCAAAUUUAUUGACACAGCUGAAAUCUGAUUCAAAACUUGAAGAGCUUCCCAGAAAUGAAGUUGAGAAAUUCGCAGUCGAGCACGUCUUGUUGAAAAGGAGCGAUCAUAUUAACCAUCACCUCUUAAUACUUGCCAACCAAUUAGCGCAUACAGACUUAAAGUUUUGGGUUCCUCAAAAAGAAAGCAAGGAAUUCCCGCCAACCUUCACUGAUGAGGAGCUCGAUGAAAUCUCACGGUUGCGAAGCCUAUCCCGAGAUGACCCAGAGUUUGAGAAAGAGACCAAAUUUGUCAAGAUCCUGCAAAUUUUAAACAGAGCAGAUUACAGAGCAGACGCGACAGAUUUAGACAAUCCAAAAUCCAAACUGGCUUUCAAAUACAUAUACAAACAUGAUCAGGAUAAAGUCAAAUCUUUAGAUACCAUCUUGCAAAGAAUCAAAUCUGGUUAUGCUGAAUUUCAAAGAAUUGGAAAGUUGCUCAUAGAUCAAGUUGACAAAAAGAAAGCUGAAUAA